GAAAAGCAUUUGUUCACUAGGUUUAUAAUCCGUUACGGGUGAGCACACACACACACACUUUCAGCAUGAGUGUUAUGUACCUUUUGUUUUCUAUGUUGGUUUGUGUCAGCAAUGCUCAAAAUAUGGAGAGAUAUAUUGCAGCUGUCUACGAACAUGCAGUUAUACAUCCUGAUCAUACAAUGACCCCUGUUACAAAAAAGGAAGCCUUGGACCUCAUGAACAGAAACAUGGAUGUCUUGGAAAAAGCAAUCAAGGCAGCAGCUGAACAGGGUGCACAUUUAAUUGUAACACCAGAAGAUGGAAUUUAUGGAUGGAAGUUUACUAGAGAAACAAUCAGUCCUUAUCUUGAAGAUAUUCCAAAUCCUGAGGUUAAUUGGAUUCCAUGCGAUGACCCUGAAAGGUUUGGCAAAGCUCCUGUACAGCAAAGACUGAGUUGUAUGGCCAAACACAACUCUAUUUAUAUAGUUGCAAAUAUAGGAGACAGAAAAAUGUGCAAUAUCUCUGAGGUUGGUUGCCCAGCAGAUGGGCAAUAUAACUACAACACUGCUGUUGUAUAUGAUUCUGAUGGAAAGCUAAUAGCACGUUACCACAAGCAACACCUUUUCCUUGGAGAGAUACAGUUUAAUGCACCAAAUGAGGCUGAGGUUGUGACUUUUGAGACACCUUUUGGAAGGUUUGGCAUCUUUAUUUGCUUUGAUAUACUCUUCUACAACCCAGCUGUAGCACUGGUGGUGGAUCACAAUGUGGAUACAAUCAUAUUCCCAACAGCAUGGAUGAAUGUUCUGCCCCAUCUGUCUGCUAUAGAAUUCCACUCUGCAUGGGCCAUGGGAAUGGGAGUGAACCUGCUCUCUGCCAAUACUCACAACACAACCCAGAGAAUGACAGGUAGUGGAAUUUUCUCCCCAGAAAAAAUUGGGCCAUAUUAUUAUAACAUGGACACUGAGGAUGGUUAUCUACUAAUCUCUGAGUUGUAUGCACAUCCACGGAACUCGUCAACAUAUAAUCCCAUCAAAUGGAAUCAAUAUGCUUCCAGAAUUGGAAAACAUCCUACUGGCACCGAUGUUUUUAUUGGAAAGGUUUUCUUUGAUGAAUAUACAUUCACUGUUCUGAAUGAGCCACAAGGGAAUUAUUCAAUUUGCCAAAAUGAUCUCUGUUGCCAUUUAAGCUACAAAAAGGAAGAGGAAAAGGAGAAGAGCAAUGAGGUCUAUGUACUUGGUGCUUUCGAUGGUCUUCAUGUCGUUGAGGGGGAAUAUCAUUUGCAGGUGUGCACAUUAUUAAAAUGUGGAAGCACUGAUUUAAAGUCUUGUGGCGAAUCUGUUGAUUUAGCUUCCACCAAAUUUCAGUCAUUUUCUCUCAGCGGCAAUUUUUCCACAGAUUUUGUAUUUCCUGAAGUUUUGUUGAGCAAAGUUCAUUUGGCUCCAAAUAUGUUUCAGGUUCUCGUUGAUGGUCGUUUAAUAAGUCAGCCUAAUAUAUCUUCACAACCUCUUUUAAGUAUCACGCUCUUCGGAAGGUUGUAUGAAAAGGAUCCUGCUGGACGUCAAUAGGGCUGAACACUAAACUUGAACAUCUCCAUAUUAAAAAUACUAUAGUGUCUCAUGCAUAAGUUGUAGUGAUCAUCAUAAAGGAAAUAAAUCAUUUAUAACUAUAUUGAAUAAAAAAGUGUAUCCUCUUGUGCAGAAGAUAA